GAGCAGGUGAGCAGGAUUGAAAUCAGACGGCAGAGAUACUCUGCAAUCCUUCUGCCAAAGAUCUGUUCCCCCCGUACACAUCUACCUUCUUUUUGGGUUAAAAUAAUUCAAAGCCUUUUACUUUAAAUGUCGAAACACGAAUAAUAUAAAAUAAGCUAAAAUCAAAUCUAAAGAAAGAAAACAAACCAAGGAUGUGCCUAAUAUAUAAGGGAAAUGAAUGAGAAGACAAUAUAUGACAGUGCAAAAGAAGUGAGAGAAGAAGAAAUAAAAUAAAUGGAAAAAUAUUUUAUAUUCAUAUUAAAUAUAUUAAUAAUAAGAGGAAAAUAACACCCCCUUUGUUUCCUUUUCUUUCUUCUCUACCGUAUUUCCUUUCCUUCCCAGAAUUCUCAAAAACAUAACACUAAAAAGGAGUACUUUUAGCGGUCCCCGGAGAGUAAAGAAUUUACUGAAUUUGGAGUUGAAUGGGGCUCGGUGAAAACAGAUAAAGAAGCUGAAGAAGUGAGUGAGGAGAGAGUAGAGAGUAGAAGUGAGAAGCGCAGAAAACAGUGUGGCAUAAUGCGAAAAUAAGGGGGAGAGAGAGAGAGAGAGAGCACAGAGAUCGAAGUUUGAAUGGAUGAUGACGAUUAUACUUGCAGUGGUACCAGUAGGAGUAGGAGUAGUAAUAGGAGCAGCAGGAGCAGUAGCAGUAGUCCUCCUAGCGGAGCCCCAAGUACAAGUACCCCACCCCCACUCCACUCGUAGUCCCUUCAGUGUUUGCGUCUCUCUCCGAGUCCUCUUCCUUCCUUCAUUUCCUUUCCUUGCGUAUCCUUUUCAAAUUCUACUGCCACACCCAAUUUGUAUAUAAUACAAACAAUUUCGCAGAAACAAAAAAACAGAAAGAAAGAAAAUAUGAACAGAAAACUGAAAGAAAAAGAAAGCAAAAGAAAAGAUAGCCCACCUGCUCCUCUCUCUCUCUCUCUCUCUCUCUGUGACUGUGUCUGUGAUGAUGGGUCUAAGAAGUUAACCCUUUUCUAUUUGAGCUCCGACUGACCAUUCAUUCAUUCAUUCAUUCACGGUUUCACGCCCUCUUGUUCUUGUUCCAUGUUUCUGCAAAAUGUCAAGCGCAGAGAAUGUUCUUGCUGCUGCUGAUAUAGAGUCUGGUGGCUGCCGCCGUCACCGUCGCCAGCGGCGCAGGAGUUCUGUGGCCUUGAGCAGCGAGACCACCACGGACGGGGACGGGAGUCUCUGCUUCUCCGACUCUGACGCCGAGGACGGCCAGUCCUGGCACUCGCCGGUGGGUUCCACCCGUGGCGGCUCGUUCGACGAAUGCGGGUUCUCCGAGAUCGAGAGGGUUUUGGCCGGAGGGUCGUCGCCUUCAUUGUGUUCGUCGGAGGAUGUGGAUUUGGAGAGCGGGGAGCUAGAGACUAAGGUGCAUUCGGGUAAGGAGGAGAGAGAUUGUAGAAUUUGUCAUCUGAAUUUGGUGGGCGGUAGUGGUGAUCAGGAAUCCGGGCUCCCGAUCGAACUGGGGUGUUCUUGUAAGGGCGAUUUGGCAGCUGCACACAAGCAAUGUGCUGACACCUGGUUCAAGAUCAGAGGCAACACGACCUGUGAGAUUUGUGGAGCCACAGCUCUUAACAUUGUUGGAGAGCAGGUUAACGAGGCAAAUGGCACAACAGCAAGCGCUGCUGCGGUGCAGACAGGCCCUUUGCUCCUUGCAGAGACCCGAAACUUCUGGCACGGGCGCCGAGUCAUGAAUGUACUGCUCGCUUGCAUGGUGUUUGCAUUCGUUAUUUCUUGGCUCUUUCACUUCAAUGUUCUAUCCUGAAUGAGAAGGGACCUGUAUUUACUUUCAAGUGGAGCCGGCCGGUAUCCACAUCUUGUACUGUUUUAAUUACAUGUUCUCAUGCCAAAUUAAAUUAUA